AUGAGCCACUUCGCCGCCAUGAAGAGCCCCGUCCCGGUCGCCGCCGCUGCCGCUGCCGCCACCGACGCGAAGAGCCCGCUCUUCUGCCCCAAGCCGCGCCGCCCGGUCGCGCCCCUCCGGUGCCACCAGAGCGGCCACUCUGACGCGGGCGCCGGCAUGGAUCUGCUCGACCUCCUCCUAUCAAAGGGCGACGAGAGCAAUCUUUCCGCGGCGUCCCCUCAGCCGCCGCUGUUCUGUGGCUCGCCUCCGCGGCGGGCCUCGAACCCGGUGGUCCACGACAGCCGGUUCGGCAUGGACUGCCCGUCCAGUCCCCUGCCAUGGUGGCCGGUGAUGUCGCCGGUCACGCCAGCGCCGGUGGUGGUCCGUCCCACCCCACGCCCGGCGGGACCGCCGAUGUCGCCCCGUUCCUCGGCUGGGUGCGCUCGCGUGUUCCAGCCAGCCGUCCGCGUCGAGGGUUUUGACUGCCUCGACGGUGGCCGUAGCGGCCGUGGCCAUGGCAUCGCCGCCAUGGUCUAG